UCGUGAUGAGGAAAAGUGAAGGAGCACAGCGUUGCGAUCUGUUGUCUUGUCUUCUUUGGAAGAAUCACAGGGCUCAUUCUUUCCUUAUCACUGAAUACAACUGAGGGAUCUGAACUCUUUUUGCGUCAUGAAAUUCAAUCAUUAGACUUUUUUUUCUCAAAAGGAGACAUGGUCGAUUGAACAUUAAUAAGACAUCCAGCCAAAAAAAAAAAAACGAAUUUAUUUAAAUAUCACAUUUAACCCAAUAUUUUUUUUUUCCUAAUAGCAAUGGAUUCGCUCAUCACUUCCUCUGACUUCCAAAGUAACUGGACAACCAACUCCACUGCGCAGAAUGAAACCGAGAUAUACUGGAACCAGUUUGUGCAACCGGUUUGGAGAAUAGUGCUCUGGGCAGUGGCUUACAGCACAAUUGUCAUCGUCUCCGUGGUGGGCAAUAUCACGGUGAUAUGGAUCAUUUUGGCGCACAAACGCAUGAGAACCGUGACAAACUAUUUCCUCGUGAACUUGGCAUUCGCUGAAGCGUCAAUGUCCGCAUUCAACACCGUUAUAAACUUUGUCUACUCCGUGCACAAUGAAUGGUAUUUCGGACUCUAUUACUGCAGAUUCCACAACUUCUUUCCUAUAGCCGCCGUCUUCGCUUCCAUAUAUUCAAUGACCGCGAUUGCACUGGACAGAUAUAUGGCCAUCAUUCAUCCCCUGCAGCAGAGGAUGUCUGCAACUCAGACGAAGGUGGUCAUCGGGGUCAUCUGGAUGCUGGCUCUUCUACUGGCCUUCCCCCAAUACUACUUUUCCGACACAGACCAGCUGCCCGGCAGGGUGGUCUGUUACAUCGAUUGGCCUGAGUACACUGUUCUCGACUUCAAAACGAUGUAUUUUGUGUGUGUAGCAGUGCUGAUUUACUUCCUCCCUCUCCUGGUGAUGGGCUGUGCUUACCUGGUGGUGGGUUUGACUCUGUGGGCCAGUGAGAUCCCAGGAGAUUCAUCUGACCGUUAUCAAGAGCAGCUGACCGCCAAACGCAAGGUGGUGAAGAUGAUGAUUGUGGUGGUAUGUACGUUCGCUGUUUGCUGGCUCCCCUAUCACGUCUAUUUCCUGAUUCACCAGUUCUACCCGCACCUGUUUGAGCAUCCCUUCAUUCAGCAGGUCUAUCUGACUAUCAUGUGGCUGGCAAUGAGCUCCACUAUGUACAACCCCAUUAUCUACUGCUGCCUCAAUGACAGGUUCCGUGCCGGAUUUAAGCAAGCGUUCCGCUGCUGUCCGUGCGUCCCUGAGGGAUCCUACGAGGGUCUAGAGCUCAAGUCCACCCGGUACCUUCAAACCCAGACCAGUUUGUACAGGGCCAGUCGAAUGGAGACCACAGUGUCCUGCGUGAUGCAGCCGUGUGAAGAUGGCCAGAAGGUCAUCAGAGGGGCCGCCAAGAGGCCAGCAGUUCACAGCCCCUCCAGGGACCUCACCUCCAAUGGCUCGUCAUCUCGCAGCAUCUCCAAAACCGUGUCGGAGACCUCCAGCUUUUACUCUAGUAACAACCUACAAGAAUGAGAGCGCAAAAGCACAAGAGUCAAGGAGACCGAAUGCCACUAUUUUUGUGGAGAUGUAAUAGUUUGACGAAUCCUCUUCAGUCCUC